AUGUCCACACGGGAGCGACUCGACUAUGCGUACAUUCAGGUGAAGACGUAUUACAAGUACACUACUUUUCAAACGUUUCCCGUCGAAACGACCGUCGAGAAUGCCACGUAUAACGUACUGUUCUGGCUAGUGGAGAGAUUCUUACCGAAAUCGAUGCCAGCAGGCGAUUAUCGUUUGGAUGCGUGGUUCCGCAUGCACGACAAUGUGACCGUCUUCGCCAAUGAUACGAAGGAGUUCACAAUGCGUGUGUCGCGAUACGUUUGCGUAGAGACACCGUACCAGAGGAGCCACCUAAAUUACUGUAGAUCGCAACUGAGACGCAAUCAGCCAACUCUUUUCAACAUAUCCGUUCAUGUACCAGAGCGUCUCGACUAUAUGUACAUUCAGGUGAAGACGUAUUACAAGUACAAUACUUUUCAAACGUUUCCUGUCGAGGUGGUCGUCGAGGUGUGCUCUUUCCUUCGCAAUCCUUCACCGGAUGUCAUCUCUCGACACAUACUAUCGGUUUUGAUAGAGCUGAUGCCCGCGUACGCACAUCACUGUCCUCAUGGGAACGUAACGUAUAACGUGUUGUUCUGGCUGGAGGAGAGAUUCUUACCGAAAUCGAUGCCAGCAGGCGAUUAUCGGUUGGAUGCGUGGUUCCGCAUGCACGACAAUGUGACCUUUUUCGCAUACAAAGUCUUCAUUACAAUCCGACGCAAAGGAGUGUUCCGCUCGAUGAUCGAUUGGUAA